AUGUUCGGAUCAGACUUCAUGGCUGCUAUAGAUCUUCCAACCAACAACCCCCCGUAUGGUAAGAUAGGUAUAUCAUCUUAUAACGACGAAAAUACAUCCAACGUUGAUCUAAGCGGACUCAUCGCUCAAGCUCAAGAGCGUAGUCAGUCUUCUAGGGGAAGUAACAGGAAAUUGAAUCUAGAAUGGCCUGCCACUGCUCUCGGUGGUGGAAUACCCAAAUAUAACAUCGAUUCCACGGAAAACAACGAAGAUAAUCAUCAUAAUAAGUAUGGUAGUAGAAGAUCAUCACCACUUUCGCAAGUAAAUAUACCUCAACCACCUAAAACAGCACCUUUACCUACUUUUCAACCUUUUUCUGAACCAGCAAUAUUACAAUCUCUUACUCCUUUACCUGAACAAACUCCCUUGUAUCUUCCUUCCCCUAAUAACCCGACAUUACCACUUCAAUCGAACUCGAUUGUAAAUUCGGUAAAUCAGGUUCAAGCACACCUUGAAGGAUUGAGUAUACAUCUUAAACCUCUUUUCGAUCAGGUUAAUGAGGUCGAUGAGUUGAAGAAGGUGGUGAAAUAUUGGAAAGAUGUUUGUUUGGGCCUAGAGAUAGGUAAGAAAGAUUUGGAAAACUUGUUAGCUCAAGCUCAAAGGCAGCAAGUUGAGGCAGCCAAGUUUACAGUUGUCCUAAUUGAUGGGGAUGACUUCAUUGUGAAAUCUCUCCUUCAAGGAGGAUACGAAGGUGGACAAGCAGCCGCACAGAAAUUAUCAUCUUCCUUACAAAGAUAUGGUAGUACGGGUGAUUUAGUAGUGCAAAUCUUCGUAAACAAGUCUAUCUUGGGCGCUACUUUGAUAAAAAACGGGAUUGUACCUACAUGGGCUAAAUACGAUCAAUUCUGGCAAGGCUUUUCAUCGUAUGAUAGCUUAGUCACUGUGUGCGAUCUGGGAUCAGGUAACGAGAAAGCGGAAAUCAAAAUCAAAGAUCACCUGCAAUUGUACGCCAACAACUCACAAUGCGGAAAAGUUGUCGUUGGGGUACAGGACAUCGCUCAUUUCAGUGACAUUGUAUCAUCCUAUCCCGCUCAUAACAAGCAGCGGCGCCAAGAUAUGAUCGAUAUCCCUGACCUAUUCCGUACUAGCGACAACCUCGAGCCUUUAACAGCCAAGAAUAACGAUGAAAUCCCCGCACAUGGAUCUGGAAGCUCUGACGGGGCAAUCGAAGUGUGCGAUUGGAAUACCAUGACUUCUUCGGAGAGCAAGAAAUAUAACGCAAGUACAAGUAGAAUCCAGAUCGCUUCGGUCAAGAGUGGCGAUUCGGCAGAUGAAUGGAAUGAUCUUUCGCCAAAGAAGAAAUUCAAAAUUAACAGUAAAUAUAACAAGAACGCCGCUGAACAAGUGAGAAGACUGGAUCCAAGACCUUGUCAUACGCACUAUUUAAGUGAAUGGGGCUGUAGGGACGUUGAUGGAUGUUCGUACGGACAUGGUCAUCGGCUUAAUCAAGCUCAACUCAAUGAAUUGGCGAGAAUGGCCAAGUCGGUGAUUUGCCCAUAUAUGAAAGAUGGACGAUGCAGAUAUGAGGAUGAAGAUUGUGUCUAUGGUCACAAAUGCCCUAACGCUAGCAAAUGUCCCUUCGGCGAAUCAUGCAGAUUCCGAGCUAUACCUAAUGGUCAUAGAGAACUUGAUUAA